AUGGCUAGCGUGGAGAUUGUUCGUGGAAUCGCAUCUGGCACUGUCCAACGCCAAGGCUCGAAGUCUCGUGGGACGCUGUUUGGCUUGGGCUGGUUCUCAAAGAAUAAUGCCAAGCAGGGGAAGGAAAAGUCUCGACAGGUAGCUGCAGAGAGUCCGCUCGGUUUCACAGCCUAUCGAAAACCUCCGGUUUAUGUUGGCGGAAGUUCGGUGUUAGUGCAAGUAUGGGCCGUGGGGCUGGACGAUGUGGAUGCUCGUCUUGUGGGUGUGCAUCCGCCGCCAUCGAAGCAACCAUCGUCAGGGACUCCUCACAGAGCUGAGGAGAAAAGUGCCGGGAAGCGGCAUGUUCCACUGGGUUAUAUUCCAGGACGAUCUUUCAUUGGGCGUAUCCUCGAAGUGGGAUGGGAAGUUGACGAACACGCUCUCAAGAAGGGAGAGUGGGUCAUCGGUCUCAACAGCGUGCAGAAGUGUGGUGCUUUAGCUGAAUUCAUUCUUGUUGACCGACAUCGCAUUCAUUGCGUCCCACAUCCUUACAUGCCUGAUCAGCCAUCUCUGAAUCUCGCUUCGUUGAGCGAGGCUGCCGAGGAUAAUGAGGGGGGACAGCGUGAUUCGCUCGUAUUUCCUUCUGCGAAUGAACCCAUGGGUCUCACAGUGGACGAACUCGCUCUGCUCCCGCUUUCAGGCAUUCCUGCUUAUCGUGCUGUGCGCACAUUAACACACAUCACGCGUGCGUUAGUAAAGCCUGGCGUAGCUGCACGACAGCUGCACGAAAAAAGGCAUAGUCAUGAUGUUACCAGUGACACCGAUGAAGACGAUGAUAUUGUCAUUGUGCGUUCCAUAAAACGUGGUUCAGCAGACAAGCGGCUUGACGCAACGCGUCCUCGUGUAUUGAUUUUACGCGGACAUGACGGACCUGGUGCGCUAGCCCUGCAGAUGCUUGUUCGCGCUGGGUGGUCCGUCUGGGUUCAUGUACCUGUGCCAUUCGAUCUUCCAGGUCUUCCUCACGAGUUAGAAGAGGAUAUCAAAGACGAAGGGGAGAAGUCUACGUUGGGAAAACGACGGGUUGUUCUUGAACGGAUUGAAAAACGGCUUCGUGAGUGGGGUGCAGACGAGACUUCCGUGACAGCACUUUUCACGUACUUGGCGCGCGCGCGCGUCCCUUUUGAUGCGGUCAUCGACACAAUCGGGGGUCGUGAGAUUUGGGAAGCUGGACGGGCUUUACUCAGCCUUCCAGUUCACGAUGCCGCCCGAGCCAAUAUUGAAGGGCAGUUUACCACGCUGGUAGGCGACGCACCCGACCGUGUGGUGUCCACCGCAAGCGAUCAUUUCCGCGCGGGCGUGCGGGCGCUUCGCAUCGGUAACGCCAAAGGCACCUUGCAAGUCCACAAUAACGCCGAGUUCUCUCAGGCAACUGUCAGGCCCACCAGGGGCAAGAAGGACAAAAAGAUGAAGCCUCGGCCGGUGAACUACGCGUGGGUGAACGUCAUGUCGGACGUGGAUUGGGAGGGAGCGGAUGUGCGAGACUCGCUAGGCGCAGCAUUGGCGAUGGCAGUAGAGGAAGGUGUGCGGCCUGCUGUCGGUCUUGCUGAUUUUCCGGACAUGUCGAAAAAGGGCAAAGGGAAGAUGAAGGCCGGGUCUAGCGGUGGUGACGGGGAGAUGCAGGGGAAAGUCGUCCCGUUUGAGAAUACGCCUCAAGUUUUCAUCCGUGGAGGUGGGCUUGAGCAUGGCGGGACGGUCGUCUCCAGAAUAGCUUAG